AGUUGAAGUGUUCAAAGCACUAGUAUAUUAUGAUGUAACCAUAACUAGGUGGCUGCAUGGCUAAUGGGCGGUAUAUGGCUGGACCAUUACUUUAACCUAGGCCUUAAGUAGCUGAAUAGCUGACCGACUAAACAAAUUGAAAAAUGAGCGCAACACGCCCGAAGACAAAGGUGGUGGUUCGGAGUUUACCGCCAGCUAUGUCAGAGGAGACGUUCAAGACCGUUCUUGACAGCCUCGCAGCUGGGCGCUAUAAUUGGCUCUCAUACUAUCCCGGCAAAGUCAGCCUGAAGCGCGUGGCCUUCUCUCGUGCUUACAUCAACUUCUUGACUCCUGAUGAUGUCUAUGAAUUUAAGCAGCGGUUCGACGGUCACGUUUUCAUCGGUCAAAAGGGCCACCAGUAUCGCUGCGCUGUCGAGUAUGCUCCACUGCAGAAAGUGCCCACCCUCGAAGAGAAGCCCCACCCACUGGAGGGCACCCUGGAGCAAGACCCCGACUACAUCGCCUUCCUAGAGGCUCUCGAGUCCGGCCAGCCCCUCCCCGGUGCCGCCCCCACCACCGCCGGCACCGCCACCGACAUGCCCUCCGCCGCCGCUGCCGCUGCCAACCUCAGCAGCAGCUCCGAAGCCGGCGAGGGCAAGGUGGUGAUGUCGCGGCUGAUGCAGUACCUGGUUCGCAAGUACUCGGAGGGCGGCAACCGCCUGGGAGGGGCGCGGUCCGCCAGCAAGGCCAAGCAGAGCAAGCAGGAGCAGGUGCAGGAGGGGGGCCGCGGUGGUGGCGGAAAGGCGGCGCGGGCUGCAGCCGCAGUAGCAGCGGCUGCAGCGACUGCUGCCAUCAGCGCGGUCGCCACGGCUGUGGAUGGGGGUGGCGGUGGUGGCAAGGCUUCGCGUAGGGAGCGGGAGCGUGCAGCAAAGGGUGAGGCGGCUAGCGCCGGCAAGGCUUCGGAGAAGCAGACGGGAGGAAAGGGACGAGGGCAACGCGGCGCUGCGGCGGCAGCGGAGGCUGAGACUCAGCCGCAGCCGCAGGUGGUCACCUUACUGACAAGGAGCGGUCCAGCCGGGAGGGCCGCAGCAGCACAGGCGGCAGCGGCGAAGGACGCAGCCGGCGGGGUGUCAGAUGCCAAGGCGGCGGCGGGGGCGCAUGCGGGCAGCCACCGGGAGCCGAAGCAAUCGAAGGCGCAGCAGAAGCAGCAGCAGGAGGCGACGACAGCGGCACGCGGACCUGCCAAGGGUGAUGCCGGGAAGGCUGACGCAGCAGCAGCGGCGGCAGCGGCCGCAGGUGGUGCGGCGCCCGCUCAUGAGGGCGGCGGGGGCGGCAAGGCCCGCGGCGGCAAGGCAUCCCGAGGAGGUCAGGAGGAGGAGCCGCGCGGCGCCUCGAAGGGCUCAGCAACGGCUGCGGCAGCUCUGGCAGCAGCCCCUCGGAUCCUGCUGGUGAAGGGUGGAGAAGCCCGGCCUACGCAGGCGGCAUCGGAUGUCCCGCAGGCACCUGCAGCAGCCGCAGCCGGCAAGAGGCAGCAGCCCGCCAGUGAGUCGCAGUCAUCCCGCCAGCAAUCGCAGCCCCAGCAGCAGCAGCCCUCCGCGUCACGAGGCGGCUCCGCCAAGGCCCAGGCGGCCUCACAACCGCCCGCACAGCAGCAACAACAUAAAUCAGACCAAGGCUCCUCAGCCGCACCCUCUGCAUCAACCGAUGGGGGCAGGCCCGGCAGGGCACCCUCCAGCAAAGCCUCGGCACCCGCGGCAGCUCCCGAGCGUCCAGCCAGCAGCAGCAAGACCACGACGGCGACCGCGGCGGCACCAGCGCCCAGCAGCGCUGUUGGAGCACCUCCGCCUCCUGCUGCAGCUGCUGCAGCUGGCGGGCAGGGAGAUGGUGGUUUGGCUGCAACGGCAUCCGCAGCGGCUGCGGCAGCGCUUGCCGGGGCAGCAGGCGGCAAGAGGGUGCGCGCGGGCUUCCAGAUGUAUGUGCCCGGCUCGCUACGAGGAGGCCGCGGCGCGGGGGCUGGCGGCACCAACGGAUGAUUGACUUUCGAGUUUGAGGCCGUCGCAUGCCGGUAGCGAGGUGGCGGCAGCCGUGGCCAUGACGGGCCUGUGUUGGACGCUGUGGACGGCACCCAGCUACCCACUGCAGUGCCAACGCGCGGCCGUACUGCCCUGUCGCACGCAAUUGCUGAUCGCCUUCUUACGGCCCCAGCCUUCUUACGGCCCCAGACGGAAAAGGAGCGUGAGGGGUACCGGUAUGUGUGUGAGCAGUGGAGUGAUGUCGCUUGGUACCAGAGGGCUCGGCACCCACAGCGCCGGAGCAGCGCUGUGAGCGCGUCAAAGACGAGACCCGGGCCCCUCCUCCUCAUCAGCCACCCUGCUCCAGAGGCCUCUUGCGGUUGCACAGCUGCGGACGAUGCCGGCGUAGCGCUUUGUGAGGCGUUUGCCUUCGGCCAGCUUCCUGCGGCCGUCCGUCCUGCUACCCGCACUUGGCACUGUGACUUUGGGCCAUGUGUCCCUGGCUACCGUUUGAGAAGGACGCAUGCCGAGGGCCAUCCUGUGCGCUGGGGUCUCCAGGGUCGUUUAAGCACGCUAUGUGUGGUGUCGAGGCUGAGACAGCCAGCCGCUCUUGUGCCCUCUGGCCGCCAGCCAGCAGACGGCUAUUGAAUCCCCUCGUUUGUCGAAUGUGUGUGUUGGCUGUGAUGGUGGGGUAAAGGGCAGCGUUGCCUGGCUUGGUCUCCUCCCGUAAGCACAUGCACGAACCGCAGGAGCCGGUGCUUAGGUAGAGAGUGCUUGGGCCGAUCGGGAAUGGGUUGGGUCGGUGCUUUGCAUACCAGUACCAAGCUCAGGGAUGUGUUGUGGCAUGGCUGCAUCAGCCGCAACGUUGCUUCACGCUACCUGCGUCCCAUGUGAAGCAGAGGUUGUGGCGCCGAGGGUAGCAGUAAUCUGCAGGUACAAGCAACCUGUGGUGUGCGGCCACAGCAGUACCGUAACCAGGCAACGACCCAUUGGAUGUCCCCAUGUAGCUGCACUGGGCGGCCCUGCCUCUUGGGUCCUUAGCUGGAUGGCUGUAAGCUAAGGAACGCUUGACAUGCAUUGGUGGCUUCGCUAAGAUGUGGGGGCGAGACCAUGGCCUUGGAUCUCAGGGCAACAGAAGGGGCAUUGGUUGCAGGUGGUUGGGCCUGUGCAGCCGUUGCAAUGGCACGUGUAUUCAUGUUGUGGACAUGCGCCAAUCAUGUUGUGUACGCUGGGAAGUCACCAGCGUUGCCACUUGCAGUGAUGUAGCGGGGAAGGGGCAUGGCUGCAGGGCCCUGCACAUGUGUGCGCCGAACGUUGCAGAUUGCUGCGUCAUCCUGGCAGUAAGGGUCAUCCUGUAAGAAUAACACUACCGG